AACAGCAACACAUCGAAGCGAUAAGGCCAUGGUCACCGAAGGCAAUUUCUACCUCACGCUUCAAAGCAGCAUCGGCCGCUGCUUUUCACCGCCGCUGCAGCACCACGGCUCACGGUGCGCCGCGCACGCACUCCCAAUGGCACCCGGCGCCGGCGGCAUCAGGGCCUGCUCGCCAGACCUCCCAUCACCCCGGCCAAAACUCGCAAAUUCGACGAGAAGACCACGCGCUUAUUCCGCUGCCAGUGCGCUACCGAGCCGACUCCCACGGCCUCCGUCGAUCAGACGCGGAGCCGUGGCGGUAGCAUGCGCGAGCGAGCAGCAAUCCUCCCCGGCCGUCGCGGCAAAGGCGGCUCGGCCCGAGCCCGACACGCUUAGCGUCGAGUUCCGGACGCGGGACGGCUGCCGGCUCGGCAUCGCCAGGUACCCGGACUUCGCGUACAACGCGCAGGGCGGCCGCGGCGUGGGCGCCGGGUGCGGGGAGGAUGGCACGGUGGUACUCGUCGACUUCGACGUGGCCACCCUGUACAUCCCGUCCAUGUCCGGCGCGACGACCAGGUUCCUCGGGCUGCCGCUACCGCCGUUCCUCAAGAUCGACAUCUUGCCCGAGGCACUGGGUGGAACCAUCGACCGAGCCACUGGUCAGGUUGAUCUCAAGUUCAGGUCGAGGUUCUGCUUCUCGGUGGGAAGCGUCUACAAAGCGCCGCCAUUGUUCGUUGAGACAACACUGACCUCCGAGGAGUCGAGGGGAGCCAUAAGAUCCGGCAAUGGAGAAAGAAUGGAUGGAGAAGGGAGAUGCAAGCUGGUUGGGGUGGCCGUCGUCGACCCAAUUGAUGACCUCUUCAUGAACACAUUUCUCAGCCUGCCGACCGAGUGCAUUGCUUACUUGAAUGCCACCAUUUCCAUAGCCACAGCGAGAUGAGCGUGUUAUUUAUUGCUGGUAUACAUAUAUUGCAAAUGCGCGCGUCUUGUAAAGAUAAAAGACUAGCCAAGCCUCGGCCAUAUGGCUCCAAUUCAAAUGGGAAGCCUGAAGUACACAACCAUCGAUCAUCAUCGCUAGCCCAUUGACACUGUUGUGUGUAUCAUAAGUCAGCGAAUCCCUUGUGUCUAAAAAGAGCAUAUGUAUAAUUAAGGGGCCAUUUUGUUUA